CGUGAACUUGCUUUGACCGUCGAUGUCGCGGAGGAUUCGGUGUCGCUACUACAGAAACGACGGUACCGUCAUCGGCAGAGGCUGUCCCAGGCCUAAUACCUGCCACUUUGUACAUCCAUCAGACAAAGAGUGGUCCUCAUUGACUCCAGGAGGUAGACCUGCACCUUCAAUGAAUCCGACUACAAGGGACCCUCGACGACGGCCUAGCCCAGAUUCCAUUGUUUCUACUCGAAAUACUAGACGCUCCCCUUCACCUCGAUGGCCAAUACCGCCGCCGCCUCUUUCUGUCCAGUCAGCAGCGAGUUCCUCUUUUCCACCUCCAAUCUCUGCGACUUCGACCUCUUUCAUGUCGCCUCCCCCACCACCACCAGGCCCCAGUGCCAUUCCACCACCACCAGGUCCCCCAACGUUAGGUUUGAAGCAGUCAAAAUACGAAUUGUCUACCGAGGACAGGAAGAAAAUCUGGGAACAGAGGCUAAGUCUUUGGGUUAGCUGGGCAAGGCACCGCACAUCUAUCAUGUCACGCGAGGAAAGGAUCAACAAAGUCCAACAUAUUCUUCACACCGCUCCUCCGUCCUAUUCCCCCGCUUCUCGUUUAGAAGAGCUCGAGCGUCUGAAAAAGGAGCAAAACGUGGAAGAAGCAGAGUUCAAAAUGAUUUUCAACAAAAUCAUUGAAUCCGACAGUUGGCCCAUGGUCCCUCGGCCAGAACAAGGAAUCGUCGAGAAUAGAUACGCCGAUAUGGUGAAGUUGGUUGACACCUUGUCAAAGAGCAUCAGUGAAUUGAAUAUCUCCGUGAAAAAAAUGCGGGAGGACCAGUCUGCUACCGAAGAGACGCCGACAGUUACCAGCCGGAAACGCGGCCGAUUGUCCGACGGGGGACUCGAUAAUUUUACUUUCAACGUCGCUGAGCUACAGGAGGGAGUUAGCGCAGUAGAGAACCAGUUGCAUGACUUGCAAAAUUCACUCCUCAAUCACGAUAAUGAUAUCCAAGCUGAAGUCGUUGGGCUCAUGGAAAACCGGUACGACGAGCUCGAAGCAGCCAGGAACGCUGGGACAGAUCCGGAGGCACAGUUUCGCCAAUUGUCGACCAUUAAGCUUAGCACCAUGGAGAAACAAAUCGAGGAGGUCGCCCUCGAGAUGGCAGACGUCAUCAACAGGUCGUUUACGGAGGGUGAAGACCACGAGCAAGUGAAGAGAGAAAAUGCCGCUUUACUGGGUGAGAUUAACAUGCUUCGAGCCCAAGUCCAAACAUGGGAGUCCCGGGAAGCAGAAAGUGUUCGGCACAUAGCCGUAAUCACUGCUGCUCUCGACGACUAUAAAUCCCACCCUGCCGCGCCGCCUGUGCCCAUUGCGCCAGAGCAUCUUCGUCCCCACAUUGAGUCUGUCGUCCUUCCCGUGAUACGAGAUACAGUAUACACGAUGAUUGAUGAACUGAGGGCGAAUCUCCAGCAAACUAUGAAUCAGAGGGAGAUGGAGAUCUACGGAGCGCUCUAUGAUAAGCUCAAGUUGGCCGGCACGGUAUCGGAAACAGUUGUGGCACGUAUGCAGUCUCCAUUGACUGCAUCAUCUCUGCCUGCAUCCAAGUAGCCCGUUGCACCUCUUAUUUAUAUGCAUACAUAUAUCUCUUACCGAGCUUGCUUAAUCUGGUCCGCAAGAGUGAAUUCUUGCUGUAUACUCCCAUCAUUACUCAGACAGUUGUUUUUCCUCGGAGCUGCAUCAAGAAGUGCUGUAUGUUCAUCGUCCACUUCAUACUUUUCUUAUGGUGCUAGGUUAGGACCAGGAUGGAUAUGUACAGUGACGGGAUUAUAAUACAGUUUUUGGCAUUGGCAUUUGGGUGGUAAAUCGACUAGCAGGUGGUG